CUUUCCGCUUGACUUAUAAAGUUUGUAGCACCCGUAAAUGCUAAUCAACUGAAUGUUAAUUCAAGGUUGACUGAAACGUUUAUAGAAAUAAUCAGUUGUUUAACACUGCAUUAUUAUUAUUUGAUAAUGCGUUUGCGAGUAUGAUUUACGUCGGAAUAAUUUUAAUUGUGAUUGGGCAGUUUGAUUUCAAUGAUGCAGGAUACGAUGCAUUUAUACAAAGUGAUUUAGGUGGCAUUCGUGGUGCGCACAAGAAUGUGAGCGUCAAUGGAACGAUAAAAACCGUGCAUCUGUUUCUUGGAGUCCCUUAUGCAAAGCCUCCGGUUGGCCGGCUGCGCUUUCAGAGGCCGGAACCAUUUUUAAAUUUCACGACUGAUUUUACCAAGUACAAUGGAAACUACUUCCGGAGCGCAUGCGUCCAAUCCGUGGUCAGAAAACAUGUUUUCACAAACCAGUCAGAAGAUUGUCUAUACUUGAAUAUAUACAAACCUGCAAAGGCAAGUAAUCUCGCGGUAAUGAUUUGGAUUCAUGGCGGCGGCUUUACUUCCGGUUCAGGUGACCAGCUCAACAUGGAGUACUUGGCUGCAUUCGGUAAUGUCAUUGUCAUAACAUUUAAUUAUCGUCUUGGUGUAUUUGGCUUUUUUAGUACUAUGGAUGAAAAUGCCAUGGGAAAUUAUGGUUUGUGGGAUCAAAGACUUGUGUUUCAAUGGGUUAAGAAAUACAUCCAUUCCUUCGGUGGAGAUCCAAACAGAAUAACAAUCUUUGGUCAGUCCGAAGGUGCUGUCAGCUGUUCUUUACACGCCAUGGCAGAAAUGAAUCGCAAUUUAUUUCAGAGAGUGAUUACACAGAGCGGUAGUGCAAUGUCCGUGUUAAACAAUAUAUCUGUUGAUGCCCGACUUAACGCCAUACAUGUUGCAGAAGAAGUCGGAUGCCAAAUCACAAACGAAGAUUACAACAACAAAGGCAAACUUGCAGACAUGGUACAAUGUGUAAGGAAUAUGGACGUACAAACAAUAAAGGACGUAAUGAUAACAACAAGAAACAAAGACCAAGUUGAGGGUUUACCUGUAUUCUUGCCAGUUGUCGACGGCGACUUAAUAAAGGUUGAUCCGAGAGACCAGAAAAAGUUAGAAACUGAAAAUAACGAAGGUCUUCAAUUUUUUGGAUCACUGGAUUUUCUUAACGGAAUCACGAGUUGGGAGGGUGUUUCAUUUAUGCAUAUAAUACAAAAUGACAUUAAUGAUUUAUUUAAACCUCAACCACGUUCGGAAACCAUUGAAAACUGGCUUAAUCCAUCAUUGAUUGAAUAUAUUUUCAAACGAAAGUUUCCAAAAGAAAUUCAACAGGUGGUUUGGAACAGGUAUACGAAUUGGGAUGACCCGUUAAGUCCAGAAACAGUUCGGAAACAACUAUUCCAAUUCCUCGGCGAUGUCGCACACAAUGUUCCCGCAGUUCGUGCUGCCCGUGAACACUUCAAACAUGAGUAUGAUACCGGAUCCGGGAACUACCUUUAUCACUUUGUAGCUGAGCCACCUGUUCAUGUCAUGGAAACUCCCCUCUGGAUACAGGGUGCUACUCAUGCAGACGACCUAUUGUUUCUGGUAGAAAUGGACAACUUUGACAACUACUCAGACUGGCAGCGACAACUGUCGGUAUCAAUGAUGACAUAUUGGGCUAACUUUGCGAAAACCGGGUCACCGAAUCAAGUCGACAGCAUUCCAAAAUGGGUUCCGUAUAAUGACAGUCAGGAAAUUUAUCUCGAAUUCAGCCAGGAUAUGGGUCAGCAUUCCCUCAAGAAACACCUCUAUUCCGGUGAAACCUACUUCUGGCUAAAGGUGUUCCCUGAUCUUAUCAAGGCAUUCGACAAUAUGGAAAUUGCGGAAAAUCAGUCGGGUACAUCUGCCGCAAUGCGCAAGAGCAACAUUGAUAUAUUGCUGUUAAUCAAUGCCAUUAUCUUUGUAUACAUAUAUGUCUAAUUUGAUUGGAAAAAUGUCCUCGUGAGCAAUCUAUUUUAUGACUAUAUGUUAAGGUGAAUUCAUGUACAAAUCAUAUAUUAAAGCCGUCAUGAAUGGUAGCACAAGUCAUUGUAAUAGAAUCAUGGCCUUUUUACUGCUGCUUAUUAGAUUAAAGCGUAUAUUCAGUGUUCAAGAAACAUUAAAGCUUAUGAUUAACCGCA